GAGCAAAGAGCAUAUCGUGAAUUAAUAACUGAACCAGUCAAAUUCACAUAUAACUCUGAUCGAGUUAUUAUUGACCAUUCAGUGUUACCAGUUGUAAAAGAUGAAUUGUCAAUUACACUAAAAAUGAAG